AUGCCCAUGCCCAUGCCUACGCGUCGAAGGAAUAGCUCUGAUAGCGAUCUUGGUCUUCAAGAGCUGGUCGACACUCAAAGACGAGAUAUGUCCAGACUUCCGUCCUUUCCACUUCGUCGGCGAAAACCAAACGAAAUGAGGGCGACGGAAAACCGCUCCGCACAGGAGUCUCUCCGACUCCUCCCUCAUCGAGUCUUCACCACACUUGCGGGGUUGUCACGACCAGAGGAUGUCAUUUCUCCCGAGGAUAGCAACGCCGUUAUAUGUGAUCUCCUCACUGCAUUUGCUGCAGUGCAUCUCGAAUGUGAUUAUUAUCCUCGGGUGCGCAUUGAGAGCAUGUUUGGUCCUGGGCGGUGGUUGGCCGAUCCAGAUGAACCAUUCCCAGAAACAGCCCUUGCAUCACGGCGAACCAUGCGCUGCGCAGGGAGUAUGGAGCGCCCUGAUGCUGCAGGGAGUUAUAGCGCUCGCUACGAGUACGCUGUAGAUUGGGCCUAA